AUGAGUGUAUUUGGCUUAGGUUCUGGUUUAGCAAAUUGCAUUAAUCUCUCAAAUUUGACACUUAAUCUUCGUAAAAAUUAAAUUGGUGAUGAAAGUGCAUCAGUCUUAGGUUCUGGUUUAGCAAAUUGCAUUAAUCUCUCAAAUUUGAAACUUGAUCUUUGGUCUAAUAAAAUUGGUGAUAAAGGUGCAUCAGGCUUAGGUUCUGGUUUAGCAAAUUGCAUUAAUCUCUCAAAUUUGACACUUAAUCUUAGUUCUAAUUAAAUUGGUGAUGAAGGUGCAUCAGGUUUAGGUUCUGGUUUAGCAAAUUGCAUUAAUCUCUCAAAUUUGACACUUGAUCUUAGUUAUAAUUAAAUUGGUGCAAUGGGUGCACCAGGCUUAGGUUCUGGUUUAGCAAAUUGCAUUAAUCUCUCAAAUUUGACACUUAAUCUUCGUAAAAAUUAAAUUGGUGAUGAAGGUGCAUCAGGCUUAGGUUCUGGUUUAGCAAAUUGCAUUAAUCUCUCAAAUUUGACACUUAAUCUUUGUUCUAAUUAAAUUCGUGCAAUGGGUGCAUCUGGCUUAGGUUCUGGUUUAGCAAAUUGCAUUAAUCUCUCAAAUUUGACACUUGAACUUCUGAUUCGAACCCCCGAUAUCACUGCUAAGACCCUCCGACUCGCCCACUCGAGCCGCUUAGCCCUUCUUUAAAUUGGUGAUGAAGGUGCAUCAGGUUUAGGUUCUGGUUUAGCAAAUUGCAUUAAUCUCUCAAAUUUGACACUUAAUCUUCGUUAUAAUUAAAUUGGUGAUGAAGGUGCAUCAGGCUUAGGUUCUGGUUUAGCAAAUUGCAUUAAUCUCUCAAAUUUGACACUUGAUCUUUGCGAUAAUUAAAUUGGUGAUUAAGGUGCAUCAGGCUUAGGUUCUGGUUUAGCAAAUUGCAUUAAUCUCUCAAAAUUGACACUUAAUCUUCGUGGAAAUUUAAAUGGUGAUGAAGAUGUAUCAUGCUUAAGUUUUGCUUUAACAAAUUGCACUAAUCUCUCUAAUUUGGCACUUUAUCUUGCUUACAAUUAAAUUGGUGCAAUUGGUGUUUCAAGCUUAGGUUCCGCUUUAGCAAAUUGUUUUAAUCUCUCUAAUUUGGCACUUUAUCUUGCUAAAAAUUAAAUUGGUACAAUUGGUGUAUAAGGCUUAGGUUCUGCUUUAGCAAAUUGCAUUAAUCUCUCUAAUUUGACACUUGAUCUUACUGGAAAUUAAAUUGGUAAUGAAAGUGUAUCAUGCUUAGGUUCUGCUUUAACAAAUUGCACUAAUCUCUCUAAUUUGGCACUUUAUCUUCCUUGCAGUUAAAUUAAUGAUGAAGGUGCAUCAGGCUUAGGUUCUGGUUUAGCAAAUUGCACUAAUCUCUCUAAUUUGGCGCUUUAUCUUGAGGAAAAUUAAAUUGGUGCAAUCGGUGCAUUAUGCUUAGGUUCUGCUUUAGCAAAUUGUGCUAAUCUCUCUAAUUUGGCACUUAAUCUUCGUUUCAAUUAAAUUGGUGAUGAAGGUGCAUCAAGCUUAUGUUCUGAUUUAGCAAACAGCACUAAUCUCUCUAAUUUGGAACUUUAACUUCAUCACAAUUAAAUUGGUACGAUUGGAGCAUCAGGCUUAGGUGCUGCAUUAGCAAAUUUAACUAGUCUUUCAAAUUUGGCACUUUAUCUUGUUGGAAAUUAAAUUGGUGAUGAAGGUAUAUAGGGCUUAGGUUUUGCUUUAGCAAAUUGCGCUAAUCUUUCAAAUUUGACACUUUAUCUUGAUGGAAAUUAAAUUGAUGCAAUGGGUGCAUCAGGCUUAGGUUCUGGUUUAGCAAAUUGCAUUAAUCUCUCAAAUUUGACACUUGAUCUUCUUUGCAAUUAAAUUGGUGAUGAAGGUGCAUCAGGCUUAGGUUCUGGUUUAGCAAAUUGCAUUAAUCUCUCAAAUUUGACACUUAAUCUUGUUGGAAAUUAAAUUGGUGCAAUGGGUGCAUCAGGCUUAGGUUCUGGUUUAGCAAAUUGCAUUAAUCUCUCAAAUCUGACACUUGAUCUUGUUAGCAAUUAAAUUGGUGCUAUGGGUGCAUCAGGCUUAGGCUCUGGUUUAGCAAAUUGCAUUAAUCUCUCAAAUUUGAUACUUAAUCUUGGUUCUAAUUAAAUUGGUGAUGAAGGUACAUCAGGCUUAGGCUCUGGUUUAGCAAAUUGCAUUAAUCUCUCAAAUUUGACACUUUAUCUUUAUUGCAAUUAAAUUGGUGAUGAAGGUGCAUCAGGCUUAGGUUCUGGUUUAGCAAAUUGCAUUAAUCUCUCAAAUUUGACACUUGAUCUUGGUGGAAAUUAAAUUUGUGAUAAAGGUGCAUCAGGCUUAGGUUCUAGUUUAGCAAAUUGCAUUAAUCUCUCAAAUUUGACACUUAAUCUUCGUGAAAAUUAAAUUGGUUCAAUGGGUGCAUCAGGCUUAGGUUCUGGUUUAGCAAAUUGCAUUAAUCUCUCAAAUUUGACACUUUAUCUUGAUUGCAAUUAAAUUGGUGAUGAAGGUGCAUCAGGCUUAGGUUCUGUUUUAGCAAAUUGCAUUAAUCUCUCAAAUUUGACACUUUAUCUUGAUGGAAAUUAAAUUGGUUCAAUGGGUGCAUCAGGCUUAGGUUCUGGCUUAGCAAAUUGUAUUAAUCUCUCAAAUUUGAGACUUUAUCUUGGUUACAAUUAAAUUGGUUCAAUGGGUGCAUCAGGCUUAGGCUCUGGUUUAGCAAAUUGCAUUAAUCUCUCAAAUUUGACACUUGAUCUUGAUGCAAAUUAAAUUAGUGAUGAAGAUGUAUUAUGCUUAGGUUCUGCUUUAACAAAUUGCACUAAUCUCUCUAAUUUAGCACUUUAUCUUUCUUCUAAUAAAAUAGGUGCAAUUGGUGCAUCAGGCUUAGGUUCUGCAUUAGCAAAUUGCACUAAUAUCUCUAAUUUGGCACUUUAUCUUCAUUUCAAUUAAAUUGGUGAUGAAGGUAUAUAAGGUUUAGGUUUUGCUUUUAAAAAUUGCAUUAAUCUCUCUAAUUUGACUCUUUAUCUUGUUUCCAAUUAGAUUGGUGCAAUAGGUGCAUCAGGCUUAGGUUUUGCUUUAGUAAAGUGCACUAAUCUCUCUAAUUUGACACUUGAUCUUACUGGAAAUUAAAUUGGCGAUGAAGGUGCAUCAAGCUUAAGUUCUGCUUUAGCAAAUUGCACUAAUCUCUCUAAUUUGACACUUGAUCUUGUUGAAAAUUAAAUUGGCUCAAUUGGUGCAUCAGGCUUAGGUUCUGGUUUAGCAAAUUGCACUAACCUCUCUAAUUUAGCACUUCAUCUUCGGGAUAAUUAAAUUGGUGAUAAAGGUGCAUUAAACUUAGGUUCUGCUUUAAAAAAUUGCACUAAUCUCUCUAAUUUGGAACUUUAACUUCAUAAGAAUUAAAUUGGUGAUGAAGGUAUAUCAGGCUUAGGUUCUGCAUUAGUAAAUUACACUAAUCUCUCUAUUUUGGGACUUUAUCUUGUUAGCAAUUAAAAUGGUGAUGAAGGUAUAUAAGGCUUAGGUUUUGCUUUAGCAAAGUGCACUAAUCUUUAAAAUUUGACACUUUAUCUUGCAAAUGAAAACUAAAUAAACAAAUAGAAAAUUUCCGUUUCUAAUGGUGAUAAACAAGUGGUUAAAAAAUGA